AUGAGUGUAAGUUUAGAAUUAGGGAUUUUUCUUAGCAUCAUAUCUAUGAUAUUAAUCUUUGCAGUGGUCAGUAAUUUCCUCGUCGUAAUCAUCGUCGCCAGAAACAAGAAGAUGAGAAGUGCGACGAAUAUCUUUAUUGGGAAUCUUUCCCUCAGUGACAUCAUUUUGGGUGCCUUUGUCCUACCACAGAAUCUACACGACUUGACGCACGCGGAAAACUUCCACGAAGGUGAAAUACUAUGUAAAAUAGUGAAUGGAUUUCCCAUUUUUUGUAUCACGGCCUCCAUAUUUACUCUGGUCGCUCUGUCCUGUGAAAGGAAGCACAGUAUCGUCCAUAGUUUGCGUCCACAACUGACCUUGACCACCUCCAAGAAGAUAGUGGUCAGUGUGUGGGUCUUGGCGGGCAUUGUGUCAACGCCCUCGUUUGUAGAGUAUUCUGUAACCACAGUUGGCCUGAAAAAGAACGUCACAAUAGAAUCGUGUGGCAGUACGUUCCAUAGGACAUUCUCAAUUUUCAAUGGGCUAUGCGUUCUUUUGCUUGCCUAUGUCAUACCCUUAAUCAUCAUGUGGUAUAAUUAUGUUCUCAUCAUUAAAUUUGUGAUGAAGAAAACAUCUUCUGUAAGGGAUACACCGACCUUUCAAUUGAAAAGAAAUCGAAAUAAUGCGCACUGUGGGAAUAAUGAAGAAAUGACGUUGAAAACUACAUCAAAUGAAAACAUUACAACGAAUUCUACUUCAAAACCAUCGACUUCUAGACUCGAAACGAUUGAAACUACGGAAAAGAGAGGAUUGCCAAGCAAUAGCUUUCUCUUUGCUAAGCGAAUGAAGAUCAUAAAGAUGUUAAUUUUAGUUGCUGUGCUGUUUGCCAUCUGUUGGUUGCCAUAUUUUGUCUCCUUAGUCAUUGCUAAAAUGAACGGAACAGACGAUAGUGAAGACUACAAGGGGUCAUAUAACCUCUUAAAGAUAUUCCUUGCCACAUUUAGUGUGGGCUACAACGUCAUUCUUUACGUCAUCUUUAACCCAAACUUUAGGAAAGCCAUAUUGGAUAUUAUAUACUGUAGAGGAUGUAAGAAAAGGAGAACAAUCCAGACUGGGUCGGAAAACAAAGAGGAAAAGGGACAAGACAGAAACAAAAUGCACGUAUCAAGUGUUGCUUAA